AUGGCCAACGACCAGGACAGAACUGAUACCAUGCAAAUCGAGACAGAACCUUCGCCAGUCGCUCUCAAUGGCGAGGCUGCCCCGGCCCUGUCCUCAUCACCUGCAGACCGACGAGCCAGUACCGAUGAAUGGGACGCAUCUAAAGUGCCGCCCAGCCGCUUCCAGAAGCGCAAGGGCUCCAUCUAUGCCACCCCUGGCUCUCGUGAUGGGCAUGUCGAUAGGAAUUAUGCAACCGGGUUCCAUGAAAAACAUACCGAGAAGGGGUAUGGCAAAACGCCCAGCAAGUAA